AUGCGCUCCUCAGGUUCAUUGGGUCUUCUCGCAGUCCUACUAAGUUUUGCCUUCAACAUCCUCGCAUCUCCACUUGCCACUCCCGAAAACACGAACACCACGAUAGCCAGCCGAGCUGACAGCUCGAAAGUUGGCUACUUCUUCGUGCAUUUCUAUGAUCGCCAACCCGCGAUCUUUGCUCAUCUCUCCAACGGGAACAACCCUACCUCUUAUAAAGCUCUGAACGCUGACAGAGCCAUUCUUGUACCUACCGGGGGAACAAAAGCCGCCCGCGACCCGUAUCUUGUAUCCGCGCCAGAUGACUCCCGGCAUUUCAUUAUUGCUACGGAUCUCGACAUCAACGCCAUUGGUGGGGAUUGGGGAAGGGCGGUAUCGCAGGGCUCUAAGAGUCUCCACAUCUGGGAGAGUACAGAUUUGGUAAACUGGGACAACUACAGAUUAGUCCAAGUGAUCGGAUCCACUGCCGGAAUGGCUUGGGCCCCAGAAGCAGUCUGGGAUUCAAGCCGUGGUGCUUUCCUGGUACACUGGGCAUCGAGGUUGUACGCUGCCAGUGAUACCGCGCACACUGGCACUGCGACAAGAGAUCAAAUCAUGUAUGCAUACACGAACGACUUCCGGACUUUCACAGCUGCACAACCAUACAUUGCUGCGAGUUGGCCGGUCAUCGAUCUUACUAUUCUUUCCCUCGGCGGCAGUUCGUACGCGCGCUUCGUCAAGGACGAGACUAUCAACCGUAUCUAUGAAGAAAGAUCUAACAAUGGUCUGUUUGGGACGUGGACUAGAGUUGGAGGCAGUAGUGCUGUUAUCACUACCACCACCACAGAGGGGCCACUUGUAUUCCAGGACAAUCGAACACCUGGCCUAGUCCAUCUCUUUUUGGAUGCUUACACAACUGCCGCAGGUUAUGUUCCCUUCCAGACCAACAACAUCGACCAGGGACCUUGGACCGCUUCUUCGACUUCAGGCUUCCCGACCUUGUUGAAACACGGAGUGGUCAAGCCUGUCAACCAGGCCCAAUACAAUGCCAUCCAGGCCAAGUGGCCUUGA